AUGUGCUCUGUUGUUGUCCUAUUCAGUCCUAUUCAGGACGUUGGAGCUGGCAUUGCUGUAGCAAAGAACGAGGAUCUUCAUCAACACCACCACCAGCAGCAGCAACAGCAGCAACAACACCAAAACACUUUAGCUUUUAGGUCACUGGAAUCAAUCUCUGUGAAUGAAAAGUCACCAAUCAUUGAGACUUCUUCCAGUAUUGAUGGCGCCACAACGGACCCGGAGCUAUCGAGAGAAUCUAAUAAUCUGAAAUACAAUCCAAAGCAGAUAUCCUCAUUCACCAAACGAGCAGAGCAAAAUAGAAAUGCCCAAAGGGCUUUCAGGCAAAGAAGAGGGAAGUAUGUUCAAGAUUUGGAGAAGAAGGUACAAGAGAUCGAUGAGUUGAAAGUAAAGAUUGAAAACUUAAAUAACGAAAAUGUCCAGUUGAAGGACUAUGUCAUGGUUUUGCAAAGGAAAGUCAUCGAGUUGACUCAGGGAAAAGAUUUGGUUCAACUGCACCACGAUUCGUUAUCGGACCCAUUUAGUUCUAAAUAA